CAAAUUGAUGUUUUACCUAAUUUGAUGAAAUAAGUUGAUAGUUCUGAGAUAUUUGAUUUGCGCUAUCAAAGUUUAAUAUUCCUUAGACCCACUUUUAAAAGCGAUAACUGAAUAUUUAAAGCUUUUUUCUAAAAUAAUUUGAUUUAAUCAUAUAUAAAGAGUUUCUCUUUUCUGUUAAAUACAUCUAUUAUCACUCAUGGCGCAAUCCGAUUCUAAAAAAGUGUUAGAGUAUGAACACUUUUUGAAUAAUAAAUUACGCGAAGACUUGAGAGUAACUUUAGAAAAUCGCAACAAAAUUCUAUUUGACAUAGCUGAAUACUUGGAACUAAAGACGUUUGUAGAAAAAUUGCUUAUCAACAAUGACGAGAAAAUAACAACCAAACUUGAUUUGGGUUGUAAUUUUUAUGCUCAAGCUGUUGUAAAAGAUACAAAGAAGAUUUUUAUUAGUAUAGGAUUUGGUUUCUUCCUUGAAAUGACCCCUGAAGAAGCAUUAAAAUUUAUCGAUGAGAAAUGUACAUAUUUAAAUGAACAAUCGGAUUUAUUAAGUAAACAAUGUAUAUCAAUAAAAGCCAGAAUAAAAUUAGUGUUGGAGGGACUACGCGAAUUGCAAAAUAUAAAGUAG